AUGAGUGCAUUUAUCCUUGGUUCUACAGGUCUCAUUGGCGGCCAAAUCGUGAGAUAUCUUGCAAAUUCUCCAACUUAUAAAACCUUGUACCCAAUAACCAGAAGGGAUGAUUUCCGUCUUGAUUCUCGAAUCACCAAUUUAGUGGAUAAAAACCCCGACAACUGGCCCGAUUUCAUAUCCUCACACCCAGAAGUUACAACACUAAUUUCCGCAUUAGGCACCAGAGAAGUAUCUAGAAAUUCCAGAAAGGCAAAAGUGCUCAACAAGGUAGAUUACGGCAUUAACUACUCUAUAGCGCGAGUAGCUAAAGAAAACGGAGUCAAAACUUUGAUUUUAAUCUCAAGAGAAAAUGCUAACCCUUAUUCAUUAUCUGAUUUUGUGAGAACUAAAGGAGAGUUAGAGCGGGAUCUCAAAAAUUUAGGAUUUGAGCAUACUGUUAUUAUUCGUGUUCGUAUGGUGUUUCCUAGAAAAGAAGGGCAAAUUGGAUGGCAAAACACAUUGGGAGAAUGGUUGAGUAGAAUGUCUAGGAAUCCACUUGUUCUUCGAUCAGGGAAUUAUCCAUGCAUGGAUGUUGAUGUUGCACGAAUUGUUGUUGAUUUUGCUGAAAAGGCCGAAAGUGGCCAGUUGGAAAACCGGGUUACUGUAGUUGAGCCAUGGGAAAUAGUUGACAUGGCCGAUCAACUCAUUGACACCGCCGAGAAACUAGCAGACAUUCCCGAGGAUUUGAGUAGCAUUAGCUAA